AUGGCUGCUCUACGAUCUGGAUUUGCUAUUGUGACUCCUGCCUCGCGAGGGCUGGGAUUCGCCCUUGCACAGCAGCUAUUAGCUCAUACAAGCCUGCCUGUCAUUGCGACGGCACGAAAAGACUGUGAAGAAGUGCGGGACCGAUUGCUGGAGAUCAAAAAUGAGGCCCCAGCUGCGGAAAAGAGACUCAAUGUUCUCAAGGUCGAUGUAACUGAUGAAUCCACCAUAUCUGAGAUGGCCUCUACUAUCAAUGAGAUUUACCCCGGUGCUUCUCUUCGACUCGCCAUCACUGUUCCUGGUGUUCUUCAUGUUGAGAAAUCCCCAGCCGAUGUCGUUGCUCAGGAUGCACUAGAGAGCUUCAAGAUCAAUACACUGGGGCAGAUGCUAUUAAUGAAGCAUUUAUCAGAAUUCCUACCGAAAAGGUCAUCACCAGAGUUUGAAGACGUGCAACAGUCUUCCGAACGGGACAGUCCUCUAUGGCAUCUGGGCCUACCCUGCUCGCAUGCAAUAUAUGCGAUGAUGGCAGCCAGAAUCGGAUCUAUUUCAGAUAAUGCCUCGGGAGGAUGGUAUUCCUACCGUGCUAGUAAGGCAGCAGUUUUCCAACUAGCGAAGACUUUCGACUUUUAUUUACAGUCCCGAAGCAAGGAGCGCGCUAUGGCAAUUGCGAUGCACCCGGGAACUGUCCACACGGACUUCACCCGGAACUACUGGAAUAGUAGGGAGAUGUUGCAGCCCGAGGAGUCCGCUGCUAAACUCUUGCGAGUUCUGUGUGGAAUGGGGACUGGUGUGAACGAGGGAAGAGGUCGAUGUUGGGACUGGAGGGGCCAAGAGAUAUUGCCAUAG